CCCGAAAUGCGCUCUCUCUCUCUGUCUCCGCCUGUCUGUCUGCUGUCGCCCACACGCACUUCCACACAUGCAGACACAGACAGCGAUGGAUAUCUAGAUAAAGCACACGCAAUCAGUCAAUUCUCUCUCAUCACAGACAGACACGGAGGCAGGCAGGCAGCCCACACCAGACACCAAGAAAAGCAUCUCAAUGUAUAAUCCAUCCAUCCAUCCAGAAGGGGGGCAAAAAUGGCUUCACACCACCCACCAGCCAGCAGCCCGGGAGCUCAUCCGCAAUCCAAAAGAAAACAAAACAAAACGGAACAAAACAAAUAAGAAACAUACACAGAGAGGGAGAGAACGAGAUACGUCUACCCUCCCUAGUACGGUCGCUCAGCCGAAGAAGCCCCGCCUCUCCGGCUUCUGCUGCUGCUGGUUCUGGUUGUUGGAGGGGUCGCCUUGCUGCUGCUGCUGUGGCGAGGCUACAGGAAAGGGCCCAGCUCCGCCCACCUGCUGUCGGUGAGUGGCGAGGUCCUGCCAGCUCUGAUCCAUCGGGGAGGGAGGGUACCGGAUAAUCCCAGGGGCUUGCUGGGCGGGGUACCCGAACAUGGGCGCAUUGUGUGCCUGAGGGUGGGGGUGGUGGGGGUAGUAGCUCGGCCGCAUUGUCGGAUUGGGAUUGGGAUUGGGCUUCUGCCGCCGCGCGCUGCGGGACGGCCACACCCGGUUGAGGCCGGUGAGCAGCCACUUGUCGAACCCCGCAAACACGAAGACUAAAACGGUGCCGACUAGAGCCACGAGGGUGUAGCCGAGGCUGGUCAUGGCGUCGUUCAGCCCAUGGCCCGCCUGAAUGCCAAAGGCCUGAGCGCGGCUGACGAUCUCUGCCCCAUACUGGGGCUGGACGCCGCCGAGCCACACCAGCAGAACGCCCACCAGCCCGAAGAGGGACGAGUAGAGGACAUGCCCAGUGCGUGAGAAGUAGACAGAGCCGGCGAUGGACGCGAUGACGGCGCAGAGGUAUCCGAGUAGAGUGAGGUCUUUGCGCAGGAUGGUGUUCCAGCAGGCCGGCGUGACGUCGUCCCUCCACCACUUGUCGAUGACCUUGGGCAGCAGGGCCUCGCCGAUGGUGUGCUUGGACGACUUGGCCGAGGCCGCCUGGAUGAACCGCUCGCCGGUCGAUAUGGCCGCCUUGCGGAAGCGCCACCAAAUGAAGUAGGAUGAAACAGCCGACUGCACACAGACAGACACACACACAUACAUACAGGGGGGCAGCGCCAUGGCUGUGGGUGUUGGUUACCGACCUUUAGCUCGGCGAGUGCUUGGUCUAGGGGCACUUGCACGAUAUCCUUGAGGGCCUCCACGUUGCGCUGGUCGAGCGCCCUCUCCCGCUGCUCCAGUCUCAGAUGCAGAUCACGCAAACCCUGGUUACACGGAACACACACCACACACGCCACACAGGCAAAGAUGAAGCGGGCAAAAAGCACUCUGGUGGGCAGAGAUACUCACCCUGUUCCAUGCGGACGAGUUGGCGCAGUAGAGCAGUGCGAAGGCGGCGUCUGCGGCCUCCCUGCCCCUGUCGAAGUGCUCCUUGAGCGUGUGGUCCUCGACGGGGAAGACCACACCCUUCUGGAUUAUCCCCUCGAACUCGUGCUCCAGCUGAUGCAUCUUACGCUGACCACACACACAGAUACACAGAGAGAGGCUGCUCGCUGGUGUGUGGGUGUGUGGGUCUUGGGGUGUGUGUGGUUGGUUACCUCGGCGUUGUCUUCGCAUCGUUUCUCCCAGUUGGCUUCUACGGUUUUGGUGCCCUUCUGGACGAUCUUGUCGAGGGUGGCGCGCCAGUCCCUCAUGUAGGGGUGGCCGUGCAGGCCUCCGAGCUCGCUGUCAAAGGCACCCCGCGACGCAUCACUCAACCCCUGCACACACUCACACACGAACGGACACACACACAGAUGUGGGAUGGCUGUGGUGAGGGAUGGCUGUGGGUGACUGUUUACUUGUAUUUUGCUGUUGAGGUCAUCCAGUGAGAUGUCCAGACUGCUGGGCUUCACCUCGGUAAACACCUUAUCCGCCCGAGCCUGAGCUGCCACACACACACACACACACACGCAAACACACGCAAAAACACACACAUGUCGGUCACUCUCUCUGCUGGUCCCUCUCUCUCUCUUUCCCUAUUCCCCUGCACCACACCUACCUCUGUCGACGGCCUUCUGCGUGAUCCUGCUGUUAUUCCGCGAUAUCUCGUUGAUGUGCGCCUUGGUGAUCUGCUCGAAGCUCGCCAGGCUCGACUUACAGCACUGGCUGUCGGUGAAGUUGGGGUGCUCCGCCCUCAGCGACUCGAACAGCUUGGCCGUCGCCUCGUCCCUGGCCUCGUUGGCCGCCUUGUCAAGCGCAUUGGGCGUGAGCGGCAGCGUGUCGUGGAUGUCGUCCAUCUGUUCCAUGAAGGACCGGAAGUGGACGCUCUUCCACCGCUCGCAGUGGUCGGUGAGGGUGCGGCAGUUCUGCUGCUGCAGGCUGCGCAUGGCCUUGUGUAUGUCGGCCUUGAGCUUGUCGCUGGCGUCUUUGGAGUACUGCUCCAGCCCCUUGGUCAGCCGCCAGAAGACCAGCAUGACACUUGUGCGGACCCGCUCGUGCUGCUUGUCGAACUCGUCGUCGUACAGCGGCCGGGUGCCGUUGAUGGCCUUCAUUAUCUCGGUCUCGUACUUGCGCAGCAUGUCGUUCUUGGUCAUGGACACCUGCAGCUGAGCGUACUGGUCCCACAGCGAGCUCGGCGGCUUCGGCUGCGCAUCCUCUGACCGAGAUGCCGCCACCAGGAACUUGACCAGGUCAGCCAGAUCGGCGCCGCUCAUUUUGCGCUCCUCGCUCUUGGUCUUGGGGAAGCGGCUCGCGUCCGCUAUCAGCCGCUCGCGGAACUGCCUCAUUUCCUCGACAAAGGCGCGCUCGAAUGCCGCCUCGUCGGCCUGGUCGAGACGGCUCAGCGCGGAGGCGUCACCGCUAGGCGGUGGGAGCGUGACGCAGUCGACUCGCGAGAAGAGGUCUGAGAUGGAGCCGUUCUUGCCCUCCCUGUUGCGGUUGUCGAUGAGCUCCUCCAGCCAGCGGCGGGAGCUGCGGCCGUUGAGAUCCUGAACGAAGUCCUGCACCACCCACGUCAGGCCCGAGGGCUUCAGCGACUCCACCAGAUCGGCCACCGAGCUGUUGGCGAACGUGUGGGCGCGAACACCAAACAGCUGACGAUGAACCACAUUCACACACACGGACACACACACACACACACAUAAUGGCCAUGAGGAACAUUCUGCAUGUGGGUGUACACGCGCCCCGCCGACCCAGCGACCGACCGACCUGCGAUCUACGUGUGAGGAAUUCCAGGUAGUCGAGUGCGUUUUGGUCGAUGAGUUUGACCGAGUUGUAGACGACCUCCGACGAGAGGAGCGUGGCGACCGAGAAGACCUUGCUGUCGUAGUCUGCCGUGAUGUUGGGGCCGUAGAAGCCCUCGGUGUCCAGGAAGAGGAUGCUGGUGCCGUUGACGUCUAUCGGCUCGGACCACCACCACAGCCCGCUCGUCUUGGGGUCCACGGUGUAGCCCAGCUCAAACCCUCGACGCUCACCUGAAAGACAGACACAAAUGCGACACACACACACGACAGAAACUGCGAGAAGAGGCCAUGUUUUCGCCCCAUGCUGCAUGGCUGUGUCCGCUUCGUCUCAUCCUGACUGUCUGAUCAUCCCUGUGGCCCACCACCGUAGGUACCCAGUAGCUGAUUGAGGAGGAAGCUCUUGCCGCUGUGGAUGGCUCCGACGACCGACACAACGGCGAUGGGCGCCGGCACCUGCUUGAGCCUGUCGACAUUGGUCCGAUUGAUGAGCAGCUGCGUGUGGCUCUCGUCGGGGUAGAUCAGCUGCAGCGGCUCCCCGGACGCAUCGCAGGCAAUGACGAGAGAGGCUAGCGACACACAGAUGCGUAGCAAUAGGGCUGCUCUCAUCCUGGCUGCUCACAUCCAAGGAAAACAAAAACCAAAGUGGCAG